GGCUCAACCUGGCGGCUGGAGUCCAGUCCCAGCGCGGUGGCUCGCGAAGCCGUUCCCAGCAGAGUGGCGGUGCCCGUCGCGUCGGCUUUGUAACUGUGAUGGGCACGGAGGGGAAAGCCGGGAGGAGACUGUUGUUUCUCUUCACGUCGGUGAUCCUGGGCUCUUCGGUGCAAGGCAGGGGUUCCGUGUACAGUUUUAAAACGGACGUCCAAGUCCCUGAGAAUGAACCCGUCAAGUUGCCCUGCACUUACUCUGGCUUCACCUCUCCCCGAGUGGAGUGGAAGUUCGUUCAAGGCAGCACCACUGCUCUUGUUUGCUACAACAGCCAGAUCACAGCCCCCUAUGCAGACCGAGUUACAUUCUCAUCCAGCGGCAUCGAAUUCAGCUCCGUGACCCGGAAAGACAGCGGCGAGUAUACUUGUAUGGUCUCCGAGGACGGUGGCCAGAACUAUGGGGAGGUCAGCAUCCACCUCACUGUGCUUGUGCCUCCAUCCAAGCCGACGGUCAACAUCCCCUCCUCUGUCACCAUUGGGAACAGGGCAGUGCUGACCUGCUCAGAGAAGGAUGGUUCCCCACCUUCUGAGUACUCCUGGUUCAAGGAUGGGAUGUUCAUGUCUACAGAUGCCAAGAAAACCCGUGCCUUCGUCAAUUCUUCCUACACCGUUGAUCCAAAGUCAGGGGAUCUGAUCUUCGAUCCCGUGACAGCCUUUGACAGCGGUGAAUAUUACUGCCAGGCGCACAAUGGAUUUGGGACAGCCAUGAAGUCGGAGGCUGUGCGCAUGGAUGCUGUGGAACUGAAUGUGGGGGGCAUCGUGGCAGCUGUCCUCGUGACACUGAUCCUCCUGGGAGUCUUAGUUUUCGGCAUCUGGUUUGCCUAUAGCCGAGGAUACUUUGAAAGAGCAAAGAAAGGGACUGCGCCGAGUAAGAAGGUGAUCUACAGCCAGCCGAGUGCUCGAAGUGAGGGGGAAUUCAAACAGACCUCGUCGUUCCUGGUGUGACCUGCCGUGGCUCCUCUGUUGUCCACCUGCUGUACUCAGGUGCUGCAGGCUCCGGCUGCUGGCUGUACCUGCACAGGAUGCCUUCAUUGUCUCCUAGGUUCCACGGGACCCCUCGCUUUUGUUUUAGCUAGGAUGUGACUUUAAUAACGUCAGAUACUUCUCUUUCCUGCCCUACCUUUCCUACCACCAUUGGGUGACCUGAAACUAGUUAUAAAGUCUCCAUUCCCUGUUCCUGUGUGGGAGUGGACGUGAGUUCUAGACUAGACAGCAAAAAAACGACUGGGCUGACAGGAACCCAAAACGAGUACCUGGCUGUAAUGGCCACUGAAUAAGGACUUUAAGCCUAAUUCCCCAGCCUUCUCCUCCCCUGAUGAGGAUGGGUGCCAGCUGCUCCAGAGUGGGGACUGGAGAAAGGAGGGGCUGACCUCAGGUCUCCAGGCUCUAGAGUCUGCUCCUCUGUCUCCGCAAAAUGUGCCACUGAGAUGCUCCUGAUACUGUGUCUACAAAAGGUGGGAGAGCUCAGUUAACUCCCAAGAGACUUGGAGUAAGAGAUUUAAACCGAUCUAAAGAAAAGGCUGGAAUGGGUAGGGCCGUCAGUCAGUCUUCAUUUGCUAGGAUCUACUGCACAGACCCUUUUAGGAUGCAAAUGUGUACAUUAUAGUCUUGGCUCUUCGGUGGGCUGGGCUGCGUGCGUGCGGGCAGGUGUGUGUGUGUGUGUGUGCGCGCAUGCGUGCUCUCGAGUGUGUGUGACAAAAAAGGGGGGAGGGGAGAGGGCGAGACUGAGCUUAAUUGUAUAGUGAAAUUGGUUGCUCUGGAAGGGCUUCCUAGCUCUUUGUGAAGGUUGUGUUUCUGUGUGUUUGUAUUAGAAAGAUGUUGCUGGAAAUAAAAACUUGAUUUGUCAAA